AUGGCCAGCCAAACACCAUUGCACCCUACAUUCAAGGGGCAUGUAGCUACCACCUGGGACGCUCUCCUCCUGUUUGAGUCAUGCUUGCAAGGUCAUAUCAACCAUGCCUCCCGACCGCCAAAUGAUCGUGAGCGCCAAGAGCUCAUUUCGAGCGGCAGCAUCUUCAUCUAUGAAGAGCACGCUUCCGGCAUAAAGCGCUGGACAGACGGUAUAUCUUGGAGUCCAAGCCGCAUCCUCGGCAAUUUCCUCAUCUAUCGCCAACUAGAUAAACUUUCCCCUCCUGGUGAGAAGAAGCGCGUCCUCAGGAGGAAAAAGGGCUCUCAGGGUGUCAACAAGGCCAAUCCUCGGUCCAAUCUGUCCGUCUUAUCCGUCUUAGAUCCGGCCACUAUCGUCCGGGAUCCAGAGAGGUCACUGGUCGGCUUUCUGGUAGACUCUAAUCCAUUCAAAGAAAGGGGUCUCGUCAAGAAGACUAUCAGCAUAUCAUUCCAGGGCGUGCCACACUACCUGGUCAGCUACUACAACAUAGGAGACGUUGACAAUAAGUCUCUGGUGACCCCAAGCGGGUCCCCUUUCUUUGAAAGUGUCAAACCUCGCACGGAGCUCAUCAUGUCUCAGAAAUUCCGCAAUCCUGUGGGUGAGAUGACCAUGUACGCCUAG